AAAGUAAAAUAUAUUCGGUGGGCUGGACUGGGUAUACAUUUUUAUUUUUCAGUUUUUUAAAUCUUUCUGUAAAUCUCCGAAGUCUUCUGAAACGUAGAUUGUCAUCGCCAAGCACAGCGAUUGAUAAUAUAAUGCGCCACCUUUCAAGAAACAACAUGACGUUGUUAAAUGUUAUGUAAAAUUAUUAAAGAGACAGAGAGAGAAGAAAGAAAAAGAUAUAAUUUUCAUCAUCGGCCCUUAUUGAGAACUGAGGGGUGAAGGAGAAAAAAAUCACGUAUAUCACUCGAUCUGUUAAUGAAGUAACAGACCAUUUUCGCUGUAGAUAUAUAGGCCAAUUUUAAUGCCAAAAGAAAACAGUCAGGGUGCCUCGGGAUUUAACCUUCAAUAUAGCUAUUCAAAAUGGAAAAAUUUACCAAGGAGCAAGUAGAAGAGUAUCGUCAAGCCUUUCGUGUGUUUGACAAAGAUGGUGAUGGAACUAUAUCCACGGAGGAACUUGGGGUUGUUCUCCGGUCCCUGGGGCAAAAUCCGUCCCCCGAGGAACUCGAUGACCUCGUGGAAGCAAUUGAUGUUGAUGGAAAUGGAAUAAUCGAUUUCAAUGAAUUUCUACAAAUGAUGGCUAGAAAAAUGCAAGAGGUGGACGUUGAAAAUGACAUCAGGGAGGCAUUCAAAGUCUUCGACAAAGAAAACAAAGGCUACAUCACGGCGUCAGAAUUACGUCACAUCAUGACGAACCUGGGAGAGAAACUGUCUGAUGACGAAGCAGACGAGAUGUUAAUGGAGGCGGAUCGAGACGGAGACGGACAGAUUGACUACGAGGAAUUUACGGCCAUGUUGGCAGGUGGCAUGAAACCCCAAUAACGAGAGAGAGAGAGAGAGAGAGAGAGAGAGAGAGAGAGAGAGAGAGAGUUUUUAAUUCAACUAACGCAUGUUUUUACAUACCCUGACGCCUCCGUAGACAUAUUAUUUCAUUUCAAUGCAUUAUUGAAAAAAAACCCAACAUCAAUUAUGUUAAUUGCUGUUUUGUAUAUCAAAUGUGAAUAUUAUUUCGUUUUGAAAUCUUUUAUACCUGUUAUACUUGACAAAUGCAAAAAUGUGUAUGGAUUUGUGUUAUCUUAAAUAAAAACCAUACAACCAAAACAAAAUACAAUCAGUCUAUCUA